AUGACGGAGGAGGCUGACAACGAAAUGAUUGUGGAUGAGACAAUCGGCGAAGGCGACGCUGAAGAUUAUAACGAGGAGGAUGACGAUGACGAUGAUGGUAAUGGUAAUGGUGAUGGUGAUGGUGAUGGGGAUGGUGAUGGUGACAAUCAAGAGAUAUCACUGGAUCGCAUCAAGACAGAGUGUUCGGCCAUGGUCAAACUGUUGAAAAACUUGCAAGACGAGGAACAAAACUUGGAUUGUCAGCUUCAGAUAUUGGCCCGGGAAGCCUUGAUAUGUGGAUUUGACAUCGACAUGGUGGAACCACCGCAACCCAAGCGACGCCGCAUGACGGGCAAGAAAAGACAGCCGCAAACAGUAGGCAAGCAAGACAAGGCGGAGAAACGGUCCUCCAUUGGCUCUACCGCCACUGCGAAUUCCACAGAAGCAGCAUCCGUGUCCGAACUGGUUGCCGCGGUGUUGAAUUCUGCAGAAACACAAGAUGAGGAAGAAAAUAAUUCGAUUGAUGUGGAAGCGGAGAUUGUGAUGGACGAUCAAGAACAAUAG